AUGGGCAGCUUAGAAGUCGAGAGGAAAACAACUGGAUGGGCAGCAAGAGACCCUUCAGGAAUCCUAUCACCCUACAAUUACACUCUCAGGAAUACCCGCCCGGAAGAUGUUUAUAUCAAGGUGAUAAGCUGCGGGAUUUGCCAUACUGAUCUUCACCAGGUCAAAAAUGACCUUGGCAUGUCCAAUUACCCUAUGGUUCCAGGGCACGAAGUUGUGGGUGAAGUUGUGGAGGUGGGAUCGGACGUGACCAAAUUCAAGGCUGGAGAUGUCGUCGGAGUUGGUUGCUUGGUGGGAUGCUGCCGGAAAUGUCGACCCUGCGAGGCCGACAUCGAGCAGUACUGCAACAAAAAGAUUUGGUCUUACAAUGAUGUUUACACUGACGGCAAACCCACCCAAGGUGGUUUUGCUGGUGCCAUGGUCGUUGAUCACAAGUUUGUGGUGAAGAUACCGGACGGAAUGUCGCCGGAACAGGCCGCACCAUUACUAUGCGCCGGGGUGACGGUGUACAGUCCACUCUCGCAUUUCGGGCUGAAGAAAAGUGGGCUGAGAGGAGCCAUACUUGGGCUGGGAGGAGUUGGACACAUGGGAGUGAAGAUAGCGAAAGCCAUGGGCCACCAUGUGACCGUGAUAAGCUCGUCCAAUAAGAAGAGAGAGGAGGCCCUGGAGCACCUGGGCGCCGACGAGUACUUGGUCAGCUCCGACGCGGCAAAGAUGCAAGAGGUGGCGGAUUCGCUGGACUACAUCAUCGACACGGUGCCGGUGUUUCACCCGCUGGAGCCGUAUUUGUCUUUGUUGAAAGUCGACGGGAAGUUGAUUUUGAUGGGCGUUAUUAACACUCCUUUGCAAUUCGUCACCCCCAUGGUCAUGCUUGGAAGGAAGAUGAUCACUGGAAGCUUUAUUGGGAGCAUGAAGGAGACAGAAGAAAUGCUGGAAUUCUGCAAGGAAAAGAACCUGAGUUCCAUGGUUGAAGUCGUGAAGAUGGAUUACGUCAAUACCGCCAUGGAAAGGCUGGAGAAGAAUGAUGUUAGGUACAGAUUUGUUGUGGACGUUGCUGGAAGCAAGCUCGACGCCUAA